AUGUCGAAACCACUGUCUUACCAAAGUACACGAUGCGUUUUGCAAUAUUUUGAUUCUACUGAAAGAUUUCUCUUGACGUCGCGCUGCCCGACUAUCAAACCAUUCGAAAAAUCUAUCCCAUUACGUCUCAAAGACCUGAAAUUCACCAGUGAUAGUAUCGUUUUGAACGAUCUCAGGUUUCGUCUUCAUGUGACGGUUAGUAUGAUACGUUGCGGAAAAGGUGAAGUAUUAUCUACUACCUGUUCCUAUUCGGUAAAAAUCACAAAAGAGGAUCAAAGAAUGAUGAGUGGAGAAAGAACAAUCGCUCACUGUACUACACUCAUCCAUAUCCCUAAAAAUGAGGCAUUGGAAAAGUUGGCGUGUAUCCUUCUUGGUGGAAGGAAUACAGUUUACGCGGAAAAAAUGCAAAUUCAGUACGGAUAUCCGGAGGAUAUUGAAUGGCCUACAAACUUUCAGGUCGUUAUGGACAUGUUGCUUUCCCAACACCACCCUUUCGAAUAUGUACUCCCGAUUGUAUCGGAUACAUCCUCACUGGAAUAUUUGGAGUCGCAAUUUUCAAAUAAGGAAUCAUUCGAUAACGAGCUCGUCAAAAGAGCUGGAACACUCUCAAUCAGUAAGAUCGAUGAGAGUUGUUAUCCAAAACUGUCGACUCUACGCAACAAGGAAACUUCUUCUUUAGACUCAUCGUUGCCGAAAGAAGUAAUUAUUAGCAUCGUCAAAAAGUGGAUAGAGGAAGGGAGACAGAUCGGAACAUUUUUCGAAAUAAGAUAUGAUGAGAACGAUGAGGAAGAUGAAGAGGAUAUCAUGUAUACUCUAAAAAAUCGGUUCGAAGGAAGAUACGCUCCAAAGUUAUCGGACAGAGACCACAAUCGUCUCUGUUUUUCAUUGAGCUCAUCGUCCAAUAUCGUCAUCUUUCACAAAGGAAUCGUACUGUAUCUCAGAGUGGAAUCAGUUCGCGAAUAA